CAAACCUAGUAAAACUUCUUCCGUCUGUGUCAUAGUCUUCUUUCUCUGUUGCGUAUUGAAAUGGCUAAUUGGAGAAGAAACCAAGGGUUCAACAAUCAUCAAGUGGGUAACAGGAGAUCCUCAUCUUAUAAGGGAAAAUCACCUUUGUAUAAUAGGUUUUCAACAGUACCUUUAUGGGAAAAGAAGUUUCUUGCUACGGUAGGUCAAGUUCCAUGGCGAAAGCUAUUAGAAUCGCAUUCCAAUGUGAUGAAGUGGGAAGAUUCUGCAGUCAAACAGGCUUUUUAUGAUGCAAAAUUCAGAUUUUGGGCUGAUAUCAACGGCUAUAGCUGGGACAUUCCGUUGCCUGAUCCAGACAUGUACAUCGAUGAAGUAGAUUGGGAUGCAAGUGUUGAUCCUGAACUCUGUCUGGAUUUGGAGAGAGAAGCAGAGGCCAGACAUAUCAUGAGCCAGCAGGAGGAGACUGUGAUUGUCGACAAUCCUCUCGGUCAUGGAUGGGACUUCACACCUACUGGAUGGGAGGUUGAAGACGAAGAAGUAACAAAGCCUCGGGAACCAAGUUAUGGUGACGAGGGAUGGGGAUCAAACAACCAUGAAAAUAAUGAAACAAACUCUUGGGAACAAAAUGAUUCUCAAAGGUGGAUUCCAAAAGAGCACUAUGGCGGUGACUUGCAUGACAAGUAUCAAGCAAGUAACGGUGGGAACAGAAAUUGGGGAGCAUGGGAAGGAAAUAACAGAAGGAGAGAGAAUAACAUAUCAUGGUCUAAGAACCAUGCAUAUUGGCAUGGUAAUAACCAAUAUAAGAUGAAUCGAGGAAGAAAAAGGGGAGGAGGAAGAGGAGGGGGGAGGGAAAACAUUACUUAUGUGGCCAAGGUAGUUACUCCCAGUUAA